AGGGCGUUACGUUCUAACACCUCUGCUUGUAUUGUUUGUAGUAUCGUGCUGUUUGCAGGAUGUCCGAGACGUUGGUGCCAGAUGUUGUCGGGAGCGCCGUGACCGGGCGAGCGGUGGUAGAUGUCGGCGUUGGAGAAGAACGCGACGACCGAGGCGGGACUUCGACAAGCUUCUCGUGUGGCGGGCAUAAGUUGGUCUGCUUCCGUUGGCGGUCCUCGUGUUGAUGGUGGUGGUACUCGGCUGGGUCCUGCUGCCGAUACUGCAGGUAUGGUGUUGGAGUGCCAGAAGCCGUCACUGUCGAAGUCGGGAUCAAGAUCUGGUGGGUGAGUCCAGGCGGCGAACGAUACGAUGCCAUCGCUGUCGGCAGUUCCGCGGUCGGGGACGAAGUCCAACACGAAGACACCGGACUUCAGGAGGGCACGACCGAUGAAGAGACCGCCCUUCCCGUGGUUUUCGUUGUUGGCGACGGUGAUGACGACGUCGCGGUUGAGGCGUCGCUCGUGUUGUACGAAGCGUCCGGAGGAGCACAUGUGCUGACCGCAGCAACUGUCCAAGAACCAGGUGUUCCGCCUGGUGGGUUCGGCGUUAGCGACUGCAGCGUAUGUCGGGUUGACCUGAAGUCCUUGCGAGCGCGGCGGCGGGAAUUCCUCUUCGUCUGAUGUUGAAGAGCGCCUUGGAGGACUUGCUUGAGUGGAAGCGACUUGUGGGUCUGCUGCACGGUAAACGCGAGGGCGGUUGCAGUUGACCUUGGAGUGCCCGGAAGUCUGACAGUUGUGGCAGAACGGCGGCACGAUGAUCCAUCUCCUGUUGUUCAGCGUGAAGCU